UUGCUUUACAGAGACUUUCGAGAGUUUUACGAUUCAACGUAUGGUGUCUGCCAGACGUUUAACUUCAAAGGCAACUACACUUCGUCAAAGGCUGGUCCACUGUUUGGCCUGAGAAUGGUGGUUCGCACGGACCAAGCGAAAUAUUUGCCGUGGACUGAAACAGCUGGAAUGGAUGAAGUUCCAUUUCCUGACGUUCUCGGCUACUUUGCACCUCCAGGAACAGCCACAUCCAUCGGAGUUCGAUUUGUCAGCACUCACAGACUACCGAAACCUUAUGGAGCAUGCACUACGCAAACAACACUGAAUGGAAGACAUUAUCAAGGCCCCUAUGAAGUAGAAUCAUGCUUUCGAAAUUGCCUGCAGGAGAAGAUCAUCUAUGAAUGUGGUUGCUAUGAUCCGGCCUAUCCACACGCUAACGAUACAACUGAACAGAGUUGUGCUAGUUCUAAUGACACCCUCGCGCAGCGUGAGUUUUAUCUGUUAAACAAUUUCUUCUGAUA